CUUUUUUUUCUUAGCAACAUUAAACUCCAUUACCUAUUUCGGAAGACAAUUGAAAAUGUUGUCUGGAGAAAAGGUAUCGAGUGAAGAUUCUUCUUCUUCACUUGUUACUCAUACUUUGAGAAACAAUCCAAUGUGCACUUGUGGGUCACCUGCUUCACUUAGAACAUCGAAUACGCCAAGAAAUCCAGGUCGAUCAUUCUUUGGGUGUUCCAAGUACAAUUCUCAGGGGUUACCACACUGCAACUAUUUCAAAUGGGCAGAUAGCGAUAGCUGCCAUGAAAGGGAAAAAGAACUUGUUAAAUUAAAAAUUGAGAUGUUAAGAAAGGAGGAAGAGCUUCACCUUGCACAAGCAGAGGCUCAACAAAUAGCCAAAGAGGUUCGAAGAAGAGAUGAAGAGGUUCAAAGAAGAGAGGAAGAUGUUCGAAGAAGAGAGGAAGAGGUUCGAAGUUGGAUGGUAGAGGUUCGAAAAGUCUUGGAAGAGGUUCGAAAAAGAGAUGGGGAAAUUGUCAAGAGUGACUUGGGAGUCCAGCGUCAAUGCACAAAUAUAAAACUGUGGUGUAUAAUUUGUAUAUUAUUUUAUUUGUACUUCUCACGAUCGCAGUGAAUACCCACUGAUCGUUGUAACCUGUGUAUAAAACUGAACACUUGUGUUUUUCUGCUUUAGACUAGUAGU